AUGAUGGCCAGGUGGGCACUGGUGCUGCUCAUGGUCCCGACAUUGGGUAGGGUCCUAUUUGUCUCAGGGACCCCUACCCCCACCUUCCGACUCCUCUCUCAGAACGAUCCGGAGACUGUUUCCUACUCUGUGGCCUUGGAGAGGCACUCGGCUACCACCCCAGGGCCCUCGGCUUCCCGGAGCUACUCCAAAGCUAACCCUCAUCCGGACACGCGCAUCACACUCUCCUUGGACGUCCCCAUCGGCCUCUUACGGAUCUUACUGGAGCAAGCCCGGACCAAGGCUGCCAGGGAUCAGGCUGCCACUAAUGCCCAAAUACUAGCUCGUGUUGGCCGCCACUGAGACGAGGGAGGGGGUCAUAAAGAUGGGGUGACCCUGGAUGGAAAGUUCUGGAGGACAGCAACAAAGCUGGACAGUACUACAUCUAGGCAGAGCACACACCCAGGCUUUACCAUAGCGGGCCGCUGCCAUGGCCUCUGAGUGUCCACAGUAUGUUUAGACAGCCUGACCAUGUAGUG